AUGGACGCCUGGCUCAACAAAUCGGGGGCCGUGGGCUUGGACGACCUCGAUCUCGCCGACUUCCCAGACACGGGGCGGGGUGUCAAGGCCCAACGGCCGUUCAAGGAAGGCGAAAGGAUUCUUACCGUUCCAGCCAACUGUCUAUGGACUGUCAAAGGCGCAUAUGCCGAUCCGCUUCUCGGUCCGGUCCUUCAAUCUGUUCAGCCGCCUCUAUCUGUCGAGGACACAUUAGCUUUAUACAUCCUCUUUGUGCGGUCGCGCGAGAGCGAUCCCGCGUACGCGGAGCGCCAGUCCCAUGUCGCUGUGCUGCCCAGCGAGUAUACUCUAAGCAUGUUUUUUACCGAAGAGGAGCUGAGAGUCUGCGCUGGCUCCUCACUCUACACUCUCACGACGCACCUGAGAGGGAGAGUUGGGGACGACUAUAAAAAACUUCUCACCAGCGUAUUCAUGCGCCACCGUGACCUCUUUCCAUUGGACAAUUUUUCCAUUCAAGACUACAAAUGGGCACUAAGUUCCGUAUGGAGUCGUAGCAUGGACUUUGCCAUAUCUGAGGGCAACUCUGUUCGCCUCAUAGCCCCGUUCGCGGACAUGCUGAACCACACGCCUGAUGCGAAGCAAUGCCAUGCCUACGAUCUAUCAACCGGAAAUCUCUCCGUCCUUGCUUGCAGAGACUAUCAAGUUGGAGACCAGGUAUUUAUUUACUACGGCAGUAUUGCGAAUAGUCGUUUGCUACGGCUUUACGGCUUCGUUCUGCCUGAUAACCCCAAUGACAAUUAUGAACUUGUCCUGCAGACAAGCUCUAUGGCGCCACUGUAUGAGCAGAAAAAAAGACUGUGGAAGCUCGCUGGCUUGGACGAAGUCUCGACUAUUCCACUUACUCUCAGAACCCCUCUACCAGACAGCGUUCUUCGAUACCUCCGAAUCCAGAGGCUGGAUGAGUCUGAACUGGGUACUAUGACGAUGCAGAUUGCGACAGAGUCAUAUAAGAAAAUAAGUGAUGAGAACGAAUCGCAAGUCCUGCAAUUCCUGAGUGAGUCGAUCGGAGCGCUGCUCAAGGGCUUCGAGAUUCCUCUAGAAAAGCUCGAGGUGCAACUGGCGGAAGGUCUGUAUUCUCCAGGGAGCAAUGCCUGGGCUGCUGCUCAUGUUUGCUUGGGUGAGCAGCGAGUCCUCAAGGCAGCUAAGGAGAAGACCGAUGCCCUUCUGGCGUCCGUUGCGAAUGGGAGUGCUUCGCUGCCUCCAACAAAACAGUGUGCAAACUGCAACAAGGACUCUGAGACUGCGAGGCUAUUGGCCUGUGGCAAGUGCAGGGCUGUUAAGUAUUGUGGGAGGGAGUGUCAGGUUGCGCACUUCAAGGAACAUAAGGCACUUUGUCAUUCGCUCUCUAUAAGAAAGUAA